AACGUCAAUGUGGAAAGCCUCUUUAUUAUGAAAGAGCAUGAAUGUUUCAGUGAUUUCUUCUAUACCCAUAUCCAAAACUUUGUACUAUUUUUAAAAGUGAUACUUGAGGCAUGAAAAAUUGAAGAAUUUUAGGUCUCUCCAAUUGCACAAGUUUCUAAUAUAUGCUGACAGCAGAAUGUAUUUCAUUUUGUGUAAUGAAAUAGAGAAUAUUAGUUGAAUUGUAAUAUUGAUAUUGCCUCCUAGUACUGCCUUGUUUCACUAGUGAUCUGGGCUAUGAAAAGUGAUCUUUUUUUUUUUUUACUGCUAUUGGGAAGCUCAUCAGUUACAGGUUCCAGAAUAUUCUUGGGAUAUUAACUUCAGCACACACAUGCCUCAUUGUGGACUCGUCAGCAAUAUAGGAGAGUGUGGCUCACUUUGAGGCCCAGGGAGACAUUUGUUUGUCAGGGUAACUGCUUCUGGCAAGGAAACAGGGUGACAGUGGGGAUGGCAGAGCCCUUCCUUUCUUGUUGUUCAACCCCCAUGCCAGGGUUACUUCAAGGCGACUGUGAAGAUAGGCUGUGCCCACCACACCACUGAGUUCUAGCACCCACUGCAGACUCCAGCAUUCAGAAGUUGCUCUUUUACUAUUUGUUGACUUGAACAGAGUCUCAGGUGGCAUUAAUGUGGCUGACCCCAGACUAGAAGACAAGGAACCACCAGGGCCAAGCUAUUCCAUAAUACCUGCUGCUUGCUGAGCAAACUUACAUAGUUUCCACUCUGAACCUCAGUUUUCUCUUCUAUAAAAUGAAGGCUUGAACUAUGGGGUCUCUAAAAUCCUUUCUAGCUCUCAAAAUUUUCUGACUCUUGGCUCUAAGAAAAUAUUGAUGUUGAGCUCGAGGAUGUAGUUCUCCUCCAAGCGCAUGAUUUUGGUGGUAGGAGAAAGGCAGCACCUAGCAGGGGUGCAAGGGGUGGGCACCUACUCUGAGAGAAUGUGACAGCCCGGCUUGUCUUUUUCUUUCACUUUUCUUUCGUUGUUUUUAAGCUUGUACAAGAUGAGAGCCCUACCACUGGGUUUCUUAAUGUUGUUAUUUGUUAAACAAAAGUAUUCAUAAUGCAACCCUGAAAUACAUCAGUCUGGUACACAACUAGCCAGAUAGUUUACCAUGAAUAAAUACUCACACAUAUAAUUUUCCCCUAUGACAUGUCAGAAAUAUUUUCCAAAAUCAUGGAUUUCUCUGAGUCACUCUGGCAGAGGGUAAGUUUUCAGGUUUCAGGCCAAGUCAGGAGAAGAAAGUAAAAGUAAAAUAAAUAAAAGGAGGUGGAAAAAAGAGAAAUACCACACACACCAACUUUUUUGGAACUUCUGAAGGAAGAAUGAUAUUUUUGGAUGCAGUGGAAUUAAAAAAAAAAAAAAAAAGAAAAGAAAAUGUAUGAAAAGCUGCCACGCCUGUUGAAUUCAACUAAGAAUUGUUUAUUAUUAACAAAAUGAUAUUCGAUAUUUAAGAAUUCUUAUUCAGAUACAAGGAAGAAGUGCCAUUUAGAAGACUCUUAAGCUGGGCUUUUGCUGUGCAUACAAAACACAGCUAGUAUCUUACUGCAAAAAAUAGAGCCCACACCACGCCUCAUUCUUGUCACACUUGAUAAAGAACCACACAGCCCGGGGCAACUUGUUGCCCGUUUGGUCCCAAGAUGGAGUCUAACAAUGUCCCCCGAGCAUUUCAGAGCCCAAAGCCUAUCUGGAAUCUCUGGAACAGGCUUCAGCUCCGCCAACCUCUUAGCCUCAGGGACACACAGUGGAGCAAAUUCCAUGCGUUGGUCUCUGUGCAGGACGGUUUGGCAUUAUUAUCAUUAUUAUUUGUUUUAAGCAAAGUAAAUGAACGUCUGCUUUCUGUGGUCAGCUCAUUGGCUCUUGGCCCCCUGCGUGCUCUUUGCUGAUGGAGAAGUCAUCUUCUGCAGCAUUAGAGGUCUCCGUGGAGCCACGUGGUCCCUCCCCAGGAACCCCCCAGGCCACUGCCACCUUUCAGGUGCUGGGCAGAGCCAGGGCAUGCAUCCCCCUGAUUCACAUAAUUUUGCCCUUUGUCAUGUGUUGAGGAAAAGGAAGGAUGAUUGGUGCCAUUGGUGAUACCCAACAUAGUCCUCUUUGGACGUUCCCUUUUGAAAAUAAAGCUGGUGAGGAAGCUCGCGGAGGCUUGGCCCUGGCCAACAGGUCGCAGGAACAGGAACCAAAGGAAGAGCUAGCCAUGGAGGACAGCCCCUCUAUGGUGAAAGUGGACAGGGGUGAGAACCAGGUUUCACCAUGUCGAGGGAGAAGGUGCUUCCCCAAGGCUCUGGGCUAUGUUACUGGAGAUAUGAAGGAAUUCGCCAACUGGCUCAAAGACAGGCCUGUGAUCCUUCAGUUUGUCGACUGGAUUCUUCGGGGCUUAUCCCAAGUGGUGUUUGUCAGCAACCCCAUCAGUGGGAUCCUCAUUCUGGUGGGACUUCUGGUCCAGAACCCCUGGUGGGCUCUCAAUGGCUGUGUGGCAACAGUGGUCUCCACCCUGACCGCCCUCCUGCUCAGCCAGGACAGGUCAGCAAUUGCAGCUGGGCUCCAGGGCUACAAUGCCACCCUGCUGGGAAUACUCAUGGCUGUCUUUUCGGAGAAGGGAAACUAUUUCUGGUGGCUAUUAGUCCCCGUAUCUGCUAUGUCCAUGACUUGUCCAGUUUUCUCAAGCGCGUUGAACUCUGUGCUGUGCAAAUGGGACCUCCCUGUCUUCACCCUCCCUUUCAACAUGGCUUUGUCCAUGUACCUCUCGGCCACGGGACAUUACAACCCAUUCUUUCCAGGCAAACUGUUUGCACCUGUAUCCUCAGUUCCGAAUAUCUCCUGGCCUGACCUCAAUGCCCUGGAGUUAUUGAAAUCUGUGCCAGUGGGGAUUGGGCAGAUAUAUGGCUGUGACAAUCCAUGGGCAGGGGGCAUUUUCCUGUGUGCCAUCCUACUCUCCUCCCCACUCAUGUCCCUGCAUGCUGCAAUCGGGUCGUUGCUGGGCACAGCGGCAGGACUCAGCCUCUCGGCUCCAUUUGAAGACAUCUACGUCGGACUCUGGAGUUUCAACAGCUCUCUGGCCUGCAUUGCAAUCGGAGGCAUGUUCGUGGCACUCACCUGGCAGACCCACCUUCUGGCUCUCGCCUGCGCCCUGUUCACCGCCUACCUCGGAGUCAGCAUGGCGAACGUAAUGGCUAAGGUUGGAUUGCCAGCUUGUACCUGGCCUUUCUGUUUGGCAACGCUACUUUUCCUCUUGCUGACCACAAAAAACCCCAACAUCUACAGGAUGCCCCUCAGUAAACUCACUUAUCCUGAAGAAAACCGCAUCUUCUACCUACAAACCAAGAAAAGGAUGGUUGAAAGCCCUUUGUGAGAAAAACCCCAUCCACAGCCAUGGUCGUGAGUCAUUUCUGACUGACUGUUCCAGUUGACCUCCAGGGUCUCAACAAAAACAACUUUCAUGCUAACCCAUCAGCAUUCUGUUCCUAUGCUCAUUUUGUAUUUUUCUUUUCAACUCCAGGAAUAUCCUCAAGCAUGUGGGAGCCACAUUCAGGUGAUGUGCUCCGGCAUGGAAUUUUAAACCCUAGAGGGGGUUGGCGCUAAGACUGCAAUGUACAUAAAGUCAAAAUGCUCCAACAAAAAGAGGAAGUGAGACCAGAGCUAAUUAUUGAUAUUUAUUGAUAUUCUUGGCGUUUAGUUGGCUAGAUGAUGUUCACAGUAUUAAAAAUUAAGCUUUAUAAACCAACUAAGCCUUAUGGAAUUCACAGUCGGAAAAUCAAAGUCAACCCACAAUUCUCAUAUGAGCAGUCUGGCUUUUUAAAAUCAAUACAAGUUACACAUUACAGCUAGGGUCAACAUCACUGGGGUACAGGCUGAUAGCUGAGGUUGUUCCCCAUUUCCUCCCCAGAGUAGUCUCCAUGCUGUCCCUAGCGUAUGUGGCAUUCUCUUUCAGGAGAUAGUUGGGUUUUUUUCAGACUGAGAGCUACAGGGGCAGAAAGGGAUUUUGUCAGUCACAAUUACUCUGUCAUUUUUCCACUUUGUUUGGAGAUUGCAAAGAAUUUUUUUUACGUAGAGAUUUUUUCUCUACCUAAAGGAUGAAAAAUGAUCUGUUUUCAAUGAGAUAAAAUAAGAGCAGUUCCUGGCCUAAAUAGUUCCUAGACAUCUAAGAAAAGUUACACAUUGUAUUUAUGAAAUACUCAGCUUAGCUAUUUUUACUUUAACUCCUAAAUUGAUUUUGUAGAUACCACAAAUGCACAGAAUCAUCAUCAACUGGUAAGACCCCUUUAAAGUUACAUUUUUAAUUCAUUUGUGGAUGGGAUGCCUUAUAAAAACUAAAGGUUAAGGUCAGACUGCUUAUGAGUGUGAUUUUUAGAAAUCAAUGAAUUUCUUACUUAAAAAAAAAACCUUAUUAUUUUCUGCACACUCACAAUAUUUUCUCUCAGAAACCAAUAGUAUUUGAACCACCCAAAAGAAAUACAGGUAAGAAAUUCUCCUGUUUUUCUCUUUUUAAUUUAUAAAUUAUCAGUUCUAUAAAGGUUCUGUGACCAAACAUGCUGAAGAUGGCAAUGGCAAGUUAUGCUCAUUAAUUAAGUAGUAUCCACUUAGUAUUUUGGAGGUUGGAAAAGUGAAACUUUGGAAUCCUGAAGGUUUUUUCCUCUUUGAGUUUGCAGUGCUCAGCAUACAAUAUACCAUUUGCUGAAUGAAUAAUCAGGAAUAGGGAAGUAAACCUAAAAAUAUUUUAGGGAGAUGUUCACUUCUUCCUUUUCUCAGGAAAACAAACAAGCAAACAUUGUUCCAAGUUAAAAACCCCAUGAUCAAAACCUUUUGAAAUUAUGGAUUUGCAACUGUUGUAAGUAUAGGGAUAUUCCUGUGGAAAAACUAAAUUUUCAGUGUUUGAACUGAAAUCUUCCUUGUUAGGGAAUUUGUGAAAUAAGAGCAAGGGGAAAGAAACAAACAAAAAAAGCUUAACCAAAGAUGAGCAGUGAGGAAUCCAGGCUGUGCCUUAGUGAACCAGAGGACUCUAAAAUGGACCCAGGGCAAUCCUCAGAACAGCUCUGAUGUGCUCAUUGCAGGGUUGUCUUGUGCACUCACACAGAUUUGUAAAUAGGAAUGUCUUAAAGCCUUGUACAUUGUCUGAUUUAAAUGGUAUUAAUUCUCUCAAGCUAUUUUUGUUACUAAGUAUUAUCCCAAAAUUGAGCACUUGUAUUUUUUUCCUAUUGUCUGUAUAACAAAUUUCUACACAAGUAUAUGAAUAAAUUAUACUCAGAGCUCA